AUGCAUUCUGUGCUUACUGCUAGUGAAGCCCUGAGCUUCUGGUCUCGCUGGGGCCAGAACUCCAUUUCCACCAUAUUUAUCUCAUCCAUCUUGAUUUUACUUAUCCGCGAAGUCGUUCUGUAUAUCAUGCGACGCCCCAUGCCUCCUGGUCCGUUUUGCUGGCCGAUAUUAGGCAACGCACUCCAGAUACCUCAACACCAUCCUUGGCUCAAGUUUACAGAAUGGGCGAAGAUAUACGGACCCCUCGUGCAUUUAGAUGUUCUUCGGCAGCACAUACUUGUGAUAAAUUCCUCCCAGAUGGCCCGCGACCUAAUGGAGAAACGAUCGCCUAUAUACUCGGAUCGACCGCACCUGGUCAUGGCAGGCGAUCUAGUAGGCUACAAGGACUUGCUUGUUCUUCAAUCCUACGGCCACGAAUUGCGCUAUCAGCGGAAGCUUGUCUCCCACAAUUUCACCUCAUCGAACGUCCCUCGCUACUAUGGCCUUCAAGAAGUAGCCGCGCAGCGGUUUGUCCUCUCCAUCAUUGACAAUCCGGUCUUACUAGAAAGCCACACGAAGUUGCAUUUCGCGAGCAUUAUCAUGCGUGUAACAUAUGGCUACAUCGUCAAGGGACCAGACGACCCCUUUUUUGUCGCAGGAAUUGCUGCCGAUAAUCAGUUCAGUGAGGCAACAAGGCCGGGAGUGUGGCCAGUGGACUUCGUGCCCCUGCUGAAGUACAUUCCCUAUUGGGUACCUGGUUUCACCUUCGCAAAGAAGGCGAGAGAGUGGCGUCAAGUGUUCCAGCACGCAUCAUGGGCGCCAUAUAACUGGUGCAAGGAGAACUGGGCAAAUGAUUCGAAACGUACAAUCAGUCUUUGCGGAUCAGUUCUCGCUGCCGCGGAUGGUGACCUCUCCUCCGCACAAGAGCGAUCCCUCGUCAACGCUGCAGUGACAGUAUUUGGAGGUGGACUAGAUACGAAUAUAUCCACUAUUCUCUCGUUCCUCCUCGCCAUGCUUCGCUUCCCCGAGGUUCAGAAGAAAGCACAAGCUGAGAUUGAUGCCGUCAUAGGCACGAAUAGGCUUCCCCGGGUUUCGGAUAGACCGUCCCUGCCAUACAUUCGUAGCGUGGUGACGGAAGUGUAUCGAUGGCUACCUGCCGUACCUCUCGGUAUCCCACAUUCCCUCAGACAGGAUGAUCUCUACGACGGCUUGUUUCUGCCCAAAGGCUCUGUCAUAAUGCCAAAUGUCUGGGGAAUGCUCCAUGACCCUACUAUAUAUCCUGAGGCGCAUGAAUUCAGACCUGAGCGAUAUGGCGGUCUCGACGCUGAGAUGACGAAGGUCACCGACAUCGCGUUUGGAUUUGGUCGGAGAGCCUGUCCCGGGUACCACUUCGCAGAGGGCACCAUCUUCGCUAUUGUGGUGACUGUUCUUGCGACAUGUGACGUGGUGCCGGCAGUGGAUGAGUACGGACAAGAAAUCAUUCCCGAAGUCAGCCUUACGUCUGGAACAGUUGUCUUUCCAGAAAAUGUAAAGUGUACCUUCCGCCCGCGAUCGGGUCGAGUCAAGGAAUCACUUCUAGAGAGUGUUGGAUCGAAGGAGUAA